AUGGCCGGAAAAGGUGAGUAGAGGGCAAGGGGCGAAGUCCGCUAUGUUAUCAGAUGAAUUUGUGGUCAGUGAAGUAUGAUCUGUCUGCAGGAGUCUUCAUCAUCGGUGCCAAACGUACCGCAUUCGGAACAUUCGGCGGAAAGCUGAAGGGAUUGAGUGCCACAGAUCUGGGAGUCGUCGCGUCGCAAGCAGCUCUGAAGCACGCGAAUGUCGGCGCCGAUGCGGUCGAUCACGUCAUCUUCGGUAGGAAACUUUGCGAUGUGUCCUGUUAUCAGAUUGGUGUUUUCAGGAAACGUUGUCGCCAGCUCUCGCGACGGAAUUUACCUGACCCGCCACAUUGGUUUGAAGGCGGGAGUGCCCCAGAAUGUGGGCGCGCUGACAGUGAACCGUCUCUGCGGAUCCGGAUUCCAAGCGGUCGUCAAUGCCACGCAGUCGAUCAAACUCGGCGAGGCGAACAUUAUUCUCGCGGGAGGAACCGAGAACAUGUCGAUGGUGCCUUUUGCAGUGCGCAACAUUCGCUUCGGAACGGCGCUCGGAAUGAAGUACGAGUUUGAGGAUAUGCUCUGGGACUCGCUCAGUGAUCCGUACGCCAAGUUGGCGAUGGGACAGACGGCAGAGAAGCUGGGAGCGCAGUACAAAGUGACCCGUCUGGAGGCUGACGAAUUCGCCCUCCGAUCGCAGACUCUCUGGAAGAAGGCGCAGGAUGCGGGCAUUUACAAGAACGAGAUCGUCGGAAUCACUGUGAAGGGAAGAAAGGGAGAAGAGAGCUUUGACGUGGACGAACACCCGAGACCGACGACUGUGGAGAGCCUGGCCAAGCUGAAGCCGGUCUUCCAGAAGGACGGACUUGUCAACGCCGGAAAUGCCUCCGGAAUCUCGGACGGAGCCGCCGCUCUCGUUCUCGCCGGAGAAGAAGCCGUCAAGUCGAAGAACCUGAAGCCGUUGGCACGCGUCGUCGCCUAUUCGGCCGUCGGAUGCGACCCCACCAUCAUGGGAAUCGGGCCGGCCCCAGCAAUCAGAGAGGUUCUCAAGCAGAGUGGACUCAAAAUCAAUGAUAUUGAUAUCUUCGAGGUUGGAUUGAAUUCAUUCUGUGCCUUCAUAAUGCGUAUUUUGCAGAUAAACGAGGCUUUCGCCCCACAGGCUCUUGCCGUUCAACGCGAGCUUGGAAUCCCAAUCGAGAAACUGAAUGUGAACGGAGGAGCCAUCGCCCUCGGACAUCCGCUCGCCGCCUCUGGAGCCAGAAUCUCCACUCACAUUGUGCACGAACUCCAGUAUGUUUACAUCCGCAUCGCCUUUUCUAUUAUUUUCUACUUUCAGACGCCGCAACGUCAAGUACGGAAUCGGUUCCGCCUGCAUUGGUGGAGGACAGGGAAUCGCCAUCCUUUUUGAGAAGAUUUGA